AUGAACCUGAAACAUAGUUGUGGGUUUUUUCAUUCUAAUUCAAAAGUGAACUCAGAGUGGCUUUCAAUGAAGUAUCUGGAUGAUUGGAGGUCAGAUCCUAGUUGGAAGUUGGCAAGAUUUAAGGAUAGGGUGUACAAAGAUUUGGGCAUACAUAUCAGUUAUUACAAGGCUUGGUAUGCUAGGGCUAGAGCAAAACUGAUACUGUAUGGAGAUGCAUCAGAAGAGUAUGCAAGGAUUUUGACUAUGGGCCAGAUCAUGAUUGCAGUCAGUAAGGAUGGAAAUAAUAAUAUAUUCCCAGUUGCAUGGGCUAUUGUGGAGGUUGAAAACAAGGACAUCUGGACUUUGUUUUUAGAUUUGCUGUUGAAGGACACAAGCUUUGAACAAGGCCAUGGACUAACACUAAUGUCAGACAGGCAAAAGGACCUGAUUGAAGCUAUUGCAGUGGUGGCUUCAAAAGCAGAAGUCAGGUUUUGUGCCAGACACAUUUGGGCUAAUUUUAAGCUCAGAUUCCAUGGUGAUACUUUCAAGGAGCUGUUUUGGAAGGCAACAAGGUCUACAAAUAAGGCUGAUUUUGAUGCUCAACUAGAAAGCAUAAGGCUCUUAGAUGAGGAGGCAUUCAACUACCUAGAUGCUAUCCUACCACAGCAUUGGGCAAGGCAUGCUUUCAGCACUUUCUCUAAGUCAAACAUGCUGCUGAAUAACCUCUGUGAGACCUUUAAUGUUGUGAUCAGAGAUGCUAGAGAUAAGCCUAUCAUAACAUGCCUUGAAUGGAUCAGAAGGUAUGUUAUGAGAAGGAACACAGAAAAGUGGGAGGCAGUUCAAGCUCAGGAGGGGAGGUUUAUGCCUUAUGUGCAUAAGGUGUUCAAAUGGAUUGCAUCAUAUGCAGCAAAGUGUACUGUUGUGCCAUCUAGGUUUGAUGUGUGGGAGGUGGAUUAUGACUGUGACAGGUUUGUAGUCAACCUAAAUGAUAAUGCAUGUACAUGCUUUCACUGGGAGUUGACUGGUAUUCCAUGUCCUCAUGCAUGGGCAUGUAUUGUGAAAAAAAGACUCAAGCCUGAAGAUUAUGUCCAUGAAUGCUACACAAAGCAAACAUACUUGGAAGCUUAUACCCCAACAAUCAAACCCAUGCCAGGAAUGAAGCAAUGGGAAACAUCCAACAUGGCUCAACCAUUGCCACCUUUAAUCAAGAAGAUGCCAGGGAGACCCUCCUUGAAAAAGAGAAGGAAGGAGCUAGGAGAGGGAGAAGAGUCAAGGUUCAUAAAGAGGCCAAAAAGACAGAACAAAUGCUCAAACUGUGGAGUUGCUCGCCAUUACAAAAACAAAUGCAAAAAUCCUCCUGCCCCUCCUUCAUUAGACAAGGGUGGAAGGCCCUUUUCAAAAAAUGCUUGGACUGUCUCGAGAAGGAAGAAAAAAAUGGAAAGGGUUAUGAGACAGGAUGUACCAGCUGUAGGGACUUGA